GAGGUCCUGUGGCGACAGCCGAGCCGGAGGCUGCUGCUCCCGGCUCUCUGCCGUGGGUUUGGCCGCUCCAUCCCUGUUUUUGGAAGGAACGGCUUCAGGGUCCGGGAGGAGGAGGCUGCGCAGGAUUUCACAGAUAAGUUCUGCAUCGAGCCCACGGCUUCUGUGAGGUCUCCACGAGCCCCUAUGGACAGGCUCCAUCCAUGCCAGGGCUCCAAGGAUGUCUGAGCCACUGCCUGGGGGCUCACAGGCUUGAGCUCUGAAAGGGGAGGGAUGUGCCCCACAGCACCUCCCUGUCCCCGUUCCUGCCUAGAUGGGGACCCGCUGCCCAGCGCCAUGAGGACCAACCGCUGCAGCCACCUGCCUGGAGUGCCUCCAGCCCAUCCACACCCUCCAGCCCCCGAUGGAAAGAGCCUGCCUGGCAGCAGCGGGGGCCUGGCCACCAGCUGUCCCCAGUAUGUCAUGCAGGUGUCCUCCAAGGAUGGGCAGCUGCUCUCCUCCGUGGUGCGGACCCUGGCCGUGCAGAGCAGCCCCUUCAAUGACCGGCCCAUCUGCAGGAUCUGCCACGAGGGCAGCAGCCACGAGGAGCUGCUGUCCCCCUGUGAGUGCACGGGGACCUUGGGGACCAUUCACCGCAGCUGCCUGGAGCGCUGGCUGUCCUCCUCCAACACCAGCUACUGUGAGCUCUGCCACUUCAGGUUUGCGGUGGAGCGCAAGCCCAGGCCCCUGGUGGAGUGGCUGAGGAACCCAGGCCCCCAGCACGAGAAGAGGACUCUCUUUGGGGACAUGGUGUGCUUCUUGUUCAUCACCCCGCUGGCCACCGUCUCCGGCUGGCUGUGCCUGCGAGGAGCUGUGGACCACCUGCACUUUAGCAGUAGGCUGGAAGCUGUUGGCCUCAUUGCACUCACUGUGGCACUCUUCACUAUUUACCUCUUUUGGACCCUGGUGUCCUUCAGGUACCACUGCCGGCUGUACCACGAGUGGCGUCGGAACAAUCAGCGGGUGAUGCUCCUCAUCCCAAAAUCUGCCAACGUCCCCUCCACCCAGCAGUCCCUGCUGGGCCUGCAGCCCCUCAAAAGGAGCUCCAAGGAGACAAUCGUGUGAUUUGGGGUGCAGCUGCACACUACAGGAGGUUUGUUUUUCCUCAGACCCAUCGGGGUCGGGCACCCAGCACCCAGGAAUGUGCAAUUUGGAUUUACAGACUGAGUGCAGAGGGAUAAACCACAGUCAGAAUUCUAAGUCAUGGAUGCUGCAAUCAUCCUGUGGCAUUUGCUAAGCUGCCAAACGUGUUCAGUGAGCAGGGACCCUAUGGAUUCUGCAAAUAUGUUAAUUGUUGCGUCAUCGAGUGAUGCAAACUUUUUUUAUUGUUUAAAGUAUUAAACUAUGGUAAUUAACAAUGCAAAACAGGUUUUAAAAGUGCUUUGUUUUUAUGAUUUCUCGCUCCUGCAGUACUGUUUCUUUAGGCAGCUGGACAGUAACCAGUAUUUAUUUCUGCUUCCUAAAGCGCAGCAAUGGCAUUUCCUCAUUUGAUUUUAUCUCCAGGUCCAUUAUACCAAUGUUUUGAUUAUUAAAAUCUGUGUGCAACGAGCUCUACAAAUUGGCACAUUAUUUAAAUGCUACAAAGUGAUUGGAAAAUUGUAUUACCCGUUUCCUAUUUGGCAGGGAAGGUCUGACAGGAAGAUUCUUCAGUUAUGACUCUAGCAUGCGCAAGAGAAAAAUUACACAAAUUGCAAUAAUCUUCCUGUCAAAAAUAUUAUAGUACAUAGCACUCAGGAAAAAAAAAAGAUAUUCUACUUUUCCAUGAAGAAGCACCACCAUAUUCUUCAGUGAAGUGCACAUUCUGCUGGUGUGAAUUCAAACUUAGCGAACAUAUCCUGCAUUUAUACCAGGCUGAAUUUAACUCUACAGCUUACUUUUGUGUAGGGAAAGCUCUGCAUACAUAAUGAAUGAGAUCAUCAGAUAAGUUUUAGGAAGCAGGCACUCAUCUUGCAUGAAG